AUGUCGGUGGUUUCAAGUGUGGCAAGCGUGAAAAGCGCGAAGAGCGCAAAAAGCGCCAAGGGCAAAGGUAAGGAAGAGGAUGAGGCAAAGAAGGUGAAGCUGCUCAUCCGGAAGCGUGGCCAAUCGAUGGCCAAGGUAACCAACACCAAGAAAUCCGUCGACACGAUCGGAAACGGGCUGACCCAAGCGCAGCUGCUUGUGUUCCAGAAGCAGCUCAACCAGUACUACUCGGAGUGGCACUGCUAUCACGACCAAAUACUGGAUCUGGUCGAUGAUGAGCAAGUGCAGGAACACAUGGACAAAUGCAACACGUUCGAAGAGCAGUACGCGCUGGUGCUGACCACCCUGGAAACUGUGUCCCUGGCACAAGCACCACGGGCAGAGCAGCAACAAGAGAGAGUCGCCAUCCAUCAACAACCGCUGAAAGUCCCGUUGCCGAGCUUCGACGGCAAGUAUGAAAAUUGGCCCAAAUUCAAGUCAAUGUUCCUCGAUCUAAUGAGCCAGUCGCGAGAUUCCGAUGCAAUCAAAUUGUAUCACCUGGACAAAGCUCUCGUUGGUUCGGCCGCCGGUUUCAUCGACGCGAAGACGAUCAACGACAACAACUACGAGCACGCUUGGAAUCUGCUUGAGGAGCAAUUCGGGAACAAGCGGAUCAUCGUGGACGCUCACAUUCGUGGCCUCCUCAACCUGAAGCAGAUGUCACAGGAGUCGCACAAGGAGCUGCGAGAGCUUUUGGGCGAGUGCACCCGGCACGUCGCGAACCUUGAGUUUUACGGACAGGAGCUGACCGGAGUGUCCGAGUUGGUAGUGGUAAAUCUGCUGUCGGCGGCACUGGACAAGGAUACGCGCAAGAGCUGGGAGUCAACGCUGGCUCACGGUGAGUUGCCAAACUACGAGGACACCGUGGCCUAUCUCAUGGCGCAGUGCAACGUUUUCGAGCGCUGUGAGACCGCAAGAGGCUCGUCAAAGAGUGUACAACCUGCCGUGUCACCAAAGAUCACGGCGUACAAGUCUCAUGCGGCAACGGCAGCAGAGAAUCUUUCGGCACAGUGCGACUUCUGUGCUGGCGAACACAUCAACUUCAGCUGCCCAGACUUCAUCAAGCUAAGCACCAACGAGAGAACCGAGAAGGUAAGGUCGCACAGGCUGUGCUUCAACUGCAUGCAGAAAGGACACAGCGCCAAGGAAUGCAGGUCGAAGAACUCCUGCAGAAAGUGUGAGAAGCGCCACCACACGUUGUUGCACUUCGAAAGCGCCCAGCCGGCCAGAUCGUCGCACGUCCAGUCUGAGUCGAAGCCCGAGGAGUCGAAGCCGAACGAGUUAUCGGAGCCCGACCAGCCUCGUGUCGACUCCUAG